AUGGCGAAUUUACCUAUUAAUCAAACUGAACAAGUAAAUGAAGAUGAAUCUUCUUCUUCUUCUUUACAUAACCAUCCACCAAGACGUUAUAAUCUUGAUAAUAUUGAUCUUGAUGAUUCACCAAUUAAAUCUGUUCCAUAUCGUUUUCAAGCUGGUUCCAUCAUUGAUCCUAUAACAUUUCAACGUGUUUUAAAUGAAGUAAUGAAUAAAGAAACACAAAAAGAACAACAAGCUCAUAAUUUACAUGAGCAAACUGGUGAUGAUGAUCAUGAUAAUGAUAUGAUGACAGAUACAAAUGCAAAUUUAUUUAACGAAACACAAUUUGAUGAAGAAUUAGAACGAGAUCUUCAAAAUUUAUCACAAGUUAUUCAAACUAAUCAACCUAUGAAUGACAAUUUAGCUAGUGAUGUGUUCGAUCAAUUGAGUCAAGUGUUAAGAGUACCAACAACAUCUGCAAAUCGAAUGACAACGAAUGACGACAACGAUGAUGAUGAUGAUGAUGAUGAUGAUCAGAAUCAUGAUAGUUCAAAGUUAUACUAUGGGCAUUUAAAUCGAGAAGAAAUAGCUCAACAAUUUAAUUUCAAUUUACAACCGACACCAACUCGAAUAAAUGAUCGAUUUAAUGCUAAAUCAUUUGCUAUUACAUCAUGGACAAAUGUUUCUAAGGAUUUAGUAAUGGAUUAUAUUAAAAAUGAAUUUGAUAUAGAUAAUAUUCAAUACAUAUGUAUAUGCGAAGAAAUUAGUGAACUCAAUCAUCGACGUCAUUUACAUAUUCAAAUUAAAUUUAAAACAAAAAUUGAUCGACGAGCACCAUUUCUUGAUCAAAUCACACAAACACAUUGUAAUUAUCAAGUAACACGAAAGAAUAAGGCAUGGAAUGGUUACAUAAAAAAAGGUGGUAAUUAUAUUGAAUAUGGUUCCUUUCAAUCUACACGACAGUCAUUAUUACCAUCAUCGGCAUCUACUUCAAUGGUUUCAACUCGUGCAAUGACAACAAGAGCAAAAACAGAACAACGACAACAACAAAAUAAAGAAAUUGCACGACAAGCAUUUACAUUAGCUGAAACUAAUGUUUAUCAAGCUAUGGAUUAUAUAAGACAAAUGAUGCCUGAUAAAUUUCUCGGUCAAAGUUCAUGGUAUUUAUCUACAUUUAAUUUUAUUAAUGGACGAAAACAACAACGUUUACGUGAAACUAGUAAAACAGAUAAAGAAUAUAUAUGGCCUAAUUCAUUUCCACAAUGUACACUACAAUUGAAAGAAAUUGUCAAUCAUUGGAUACGACAUCAUUUUGCAUGUGUAAACCGAGCUCAAUGUUUAAUUUUAAUUGGACCAACUGGAACAGGAAAAACUUCAUUCGCCUUAUCAUUACCAGGUUAUGUUAAUUAUUUUAAAGGAAGAUGGAAUUUAGAUUCAUGGCAUGAUUAUGCACGUUAUUCUGUUUAUGAUGAUAUACCAUGGGAUGAUUUUUCAAAAUUAAAUUAUCCAAAUAAAAAAGGUCUUCUAACACAAAAUGGAAGAAUGAAUGCAACAGAUAAAUAUCGACGAACAGUCGAAAUUAAAGUUCGACAACCAGCUAUUGUUCUUCUCAAUCCAGAAGAUGCUGGUUCAUUAACACGUGAACCAGUUACUCGUGAAGAAAAGCAAAUAGCUGAAUAUUGGAAGGAAAGAGCAAUUGUUUAUAUAAUGGGUCCCAACGAGUAUUUCUACCAACGUCAAAGACAUACUACAGAUUCUAGUCAAAAUCAACGUUCAAGCAAUGCAUCGGCAGGCAAUAACGAACAACGUCUAGGUGAUCCAGAUGAAUUCGAAACAAUGCGACGUGAAUGGGAAGCUAAACAAUAG